UUGUCUGCCAAAGGGAAAGGGGCCCCCCUCACAAAAAGGCCCCAUUUACGUAAAAGUAGACCUACCUACCUACCAUAUCCAGCGUUCCCUUUUGUAACCACUCGUCUUUCUCACCAACUCGGUCAAAUAACCAUAAAACUAUCGAUCGAGUCAAUUGCCGUUCGGAUUUCUAGCCCUUCCCUCCUUCUUCCUCUCCCCCUUCUUCUUCUUACAUAUAAAGUCUUCCUCUCCCCCUUCAUACACCGGCCCUCCAACUGAAUCCUCCAACUUCUCUCUCUAACCAUCAUACUACAACACACCCCACACCCUCUCUCUCUCUCUCUCUCUCUGGAUCUCUCAAGAGAUGGGCCGAUCUCCUUGCUGUGAAAAGGCUCAUACCAACAAAGGCGCAUGGACGAAGGAAGAAGAUGAGCGCCUCAUAGCUUACAUAAGAGCACAUGGUGAAGGCUGUUGGAGGUCUCUCCCCAAAGCAGCAGGGUUGUUGAGGUGCGGGAAGAGCUGCAGGCUCAGAUGGAUCAACUACCUCAGGCCCGACCUCAAGAGAGGCAACUUCACAGACGAGGAGGAUGAGCUCAUCAUCAAGCUUCACAGCUUAUUAGGCAACAAGUGGUCAUUGAUAGCAGGAAGGCUGCCAGGAAGGACGGACAAUGAGAUCAAGAACUAUUGGAACACACACAUCAAAAGAAAGCUGUUGAGCCGAGGCAUUGAUCCACAAACUCACAGACCACUCAAUGAACCGUGCUCGCCGGCGGAAGUCGUGCACCCUCCGGCGGCAGUUUCCGUUCCUUGCGUGAAGGGCAGCAGCGUGGAGGACCCCAACAUGGAGAAGAAAGCAGAUUCUGCAGAAGAUUCCGGCAGUGGGAUCAGUUCGGAGGAGGAAGCGCACUCCAAGCAAUUGCCUUUUGAUCUGAACCUGGACCUAUCUAUCAGUCUUCCGUUUUCGCAGGUUCCGGCCGACUACGACCGGGAAAUUUUCCGGCCGGCGACCGUCGUAACACCAGCGCACUUCAACAAUGCUGCCACUGUAUGCUUGUGCUGCAACAUUGGGAUUCAGGCAAGCAAAGCCUGUACAUGUCACUUGUCUCCUGAUGCCAAUCAAGCUCAAAGUCUGAGAUACUAUAGACCAUUUGAAGCUUAAGAGAUCUCUAGUUGUUCAAAUCAAAGACCACUUGAAGCCCGAGGAAAGCUGAUCAGCUGCUCCUGUUGAUCGCUCCGCUGCAAAUUUCUUGCUUCACAUAAGCCAACAGGACAUGGCCUUGAAAUUCUUCAUCAGAAAAGGCAGGCACCUUCUUCUACAGUGCUAAAGAGGGAAAAAUCAUGACGGGUUCACGGAAGGCUGUGCAACGGAAUGAAACUCCUUUCAAGGAAAGAAAGAACAAGGGAGGAAAGAUGAAGAAGAAAAAGGAAAACCAAAGCGGGAUCAUGCUUGUAAAGUUUGUAUUGAUCUUUUGAUGAUAUCAUCAUAACUAAUUUCUGAAGCAAACACAACAAAUGCUUGUAAACAAAAGUCUACUUUUCCUGAUCUUCCACGUCUUGCUUUUGAUGGGAGCUGAUCAUAGAUUGGAUCACUAUCAAUCCCCACCGCUCAUCUUCCAUGAUUAAGAUCUGCUUGGAAGCCAUUCUUUGGAUGUGCGGUGGAGAUUUAGAGAGACAGUACCAAUGAUGCAUAGAUUAGACAUAAGCGUAUGGGAAACACAUGAGGAAAUUCAAUGGCAGAGCAGAAAAGCCACCAUUAAAGAUUAAA